AUGGCCCCCACCCGCUCCGCCUCCGACCCGCGCUCCGUGUGGUCCUCCUCCUUGCGUCCGCCACUCGACCUCCAGCCCGCGGUCCUGCCAGAGGACGACGACGGCGACGACGAUCGGGCGGUCGCGGAGCUCCUCAACGCGGCACUGGAGGGCGACCUCUCCCGCGUUAAGAAGCUGGUGAAGGAGCUGAGCGAGGCGGGGAAGGGCGUGGACGAGGUGGUGGCAGCCGCAGCCGUCGGCGUGACGGGGACCAAGCGCCGCGGGCCUCUCCACAUGGCCGCCGCGAACGGGAACGCGGAGAUGUGCCGGUUCCUGACCAAGACUUGCGACGUCGAUGUCGAUGCGACCGAUUCUGAUGAUUUGGUGCGAUGUGCUGUUGAAUCGUGCUGUUUCCGCGAGGUUUUGGGUUGGGUGCUGCUCAGGGUCGAGAGGGAGUCUGGGAGAUGCGUUGCCGUGCCUGUGUGUUAG